UGACAAGUUUGGGGAACACUAGAACGAAAUAAAUACCGAAACAAAAUACAAAGCGCGGUUCUUGAAAACCCUCGUAGUCUAUCCUACCAUCGCAGUAUCGGCGGCCUUCUGUCUGUGGUGGUGCAGCUACUUGUUUAUUCGCUGAGAUAAAUUGAAAUUUUAAAAUGGUGAGUGGGAAGCGACCUUAUGGUCAGAGGGACUAUAAUGGAGACAAUAAGGGGUACAAGAGACGGAUUACUGAACAAGAUGACUGGGUUAGUGAUGAACUUGUUGUUUACCGAAUACUUUGCCCCGAUGAGGUCAUUGGAAGUGUUAUUGGCAAGAGUGGGAAAGUGAUAAACUCAAUAAGGCAAGAAACGAGGGCAAAGAUUAAGGUGGUUGAUCCAUUUCCUGGUGCUAAGGACCGUGUUAUAACAAUAUUCUGCUUUGUUAAGGAUAAGGAGGAUGUGGAAGUUGAUGACGAGUUCAAUGACAGACAAACAUUAUGUGCAGCUCAAGAUGCUCUUCUUAAAGUUCAUGCUGCCAUUGCUAAUGCACUGGCUUCUGCUGGAGAUUUAGACCGGAAACAGAGGGAUAAAGAACAAUGCCAAAUUCUUAUCCCUUCAAGCCAGUCUGCUAAUGUCAUUGGUAAAGCAGGAUCGACUAUAAAAAAGCUUAGAAGCAAGACGAGGACCAGUAUAAAAAUCAGCCCCAAAGAUGCCACUGAUCCAAUUCAUUCGUGUGCCAUGGAUUUUGACAAUUUUGCUGUGAUAGCUGGAGAACCUGAGGGAGUAAGACGGGCAUUGUUUGCAAUAUCUUCAAUUAUGUAUAAGUUCCCUCCCAGAGAAGAGAUUCCUCUCGAUACAAAUGUAAACGAAGCCCCUCCUAAUAUAAUUAUCCCAUCCGAUGUUCCUCUGUAUUCAGCAGGAGGGCUAUAUCCAAGUGCAGAUCCCAUUCUUCCUCCCAGAUCUAUUCCACCAAUGCUUGGUGCUCAACAUGUUCAGGAUCUUCACGAUUACCCUGAAAGUGGGAAUGCAUGGCCUCUCUAUUCAUCUUCUCUUCCUGUGGUUCCUGGUGGUAUUAGUGGUCAUCCUCCAUCGGAGGAGUUGGUGGUUAGAGUAUUAUGCCCCUUUGAUAACAUUGGCCGUGUCAUUGGUAAAGGUGGGGGUACCAUUAAAAGCAUAAGGCAAGCUAGCGGUGCUCGUGUAGAGGUUGAUGACACCAAGCGUGAUUGUGAUGAAUGCAUUAUUACUAUCUCGUCAUUUGAGUCCUUGGAUGAUCUGAAAUCAAUGGCUGUUGAAACUGUGUUAUUGCUGCAAGAGAAGAUUAAUGAUGAUGAAGGUGGUACGGUGAUUAUGAGACUACUUAUUCCAUCUAAAGUUAUUGGUUGUAUUAUAGGAAAAAGUGGUUCAAUCAUUAAUGAGAUUCGGAAGUCAACUAGAGCUGAUAUCCGUAUUUCUAAGGGCGACAAACUUAAGUGUGCUUCUUCCAGUGAUGAACUUGUUGAGGUAACUGGUAAAGUUGGCUGUGUGAGAGAUGCAUUGGUCCAGAUUGUGUUGAGGCUUCGUGAUGAUGCUUUGAAAGAGAGGGAUGUUGGUCAUAACUCUGCUAUUGUUACUGAUUCAAUGUACUCAUCAGGUUCCAGUUUUUCAAUGCCAUCUGUCUUGCCUUCUGUUUCUCCUGGGGCUCCACCAAUGGGCUAUGAUCAGAGGGCUGAAAGUGGGAGUGGAUUAGGCGUUCUCUCUUCAAGUGGCCUAUAUGGAUCUGGAUCACUGUCGAUGGGAGACAAUGGGUAUGGAUACAUGUCCUCAUAUUCAUCCAAGUUGUAUGGAGGGCUGCCUCCUCCAUCUUCUCUCGAGAUGUUGAUCCCAGCAAAUGCAGCUGGUAAAGUAAUUGGAAAAGGAGGGGCUAAUAUCGCCAACAUUAGGAAGAUAUCUGGAGCGUUGAUAGAGAUCUCAGACUCUAAGUCAUCUAGAGGUGAUCGCAUUGCUCUUAUAUCUGGUACAUCUGAACAGAAGCGCACGGCUGAAAACUUGAUUCAGGCGUUUAUAAUGGCUACAUGAGAAGAAAGAUGACUUUUUUUGGAGGUUACUAGAUGAAAAUCUUCCAUAUCUCAUCAUCCUCUGUAGAUCUCCCUAGGUUCAGUUCUGGAGAUGGGUACUUCUUUUAGCCUUCAAAUUCUUCAGUUUUUUCCCAUUAAAUGUGCACCAGGAUGAAGUGGGAGGAUCUACAGCAGGUUCAUAUCUAGGGUUCCUAGAGCUUUUGUUUCUUAAUCUAUUCUUCUGUGGAUUCUUAGAACUUUUAGGAUCUUUCCUUUCAUACUUGUAUGUCUGGCCUUGUCUUUUAUCAGUUGGGAGUUCUCAUUUCCAAUGCUGUCAUACUCACAUUAUAUGAUGAUUAUGCCAGAUGAGUUCCAGGAUGGUCAUUAUUCUCAAUCUUAUAACUGUGUACAAUAUUUUUCUGUCCAUUCUAUCUCCUACUCAUUUUCUUGGUGGACGAAGUUUUCAAUCAUUGAUCAUUAUUCUCAAUGCAGUUGGUGUUGCUCUUGCCUAUGAUAGUGCUUUAUAACUAUUACAGUGCACCUCAAGAGAAGAGAUCGUUUCCAGAACUUAACUAAAGUAAUCAUCAAAGAAGUUUCUCUUUUGAUUCCUUGCUCUGUACUUCAUGUCAUGACUCCUAAAUUGUUAGUAGGUUGGUGCCAAAUAGCAUCAUAAAUUCUGUGUUUUUUUGCCUCUGAUAUUAUGCCUUCUCUGAUGCCCUUUAUUAAUAGUCAACAGUGAAAUUUUCCAAAAUACAUGAACUGUAGAGCUGGGUCUGAAAUUCCUUGGACAUAUAAGAUUAGCUUCAGAUUGAGAAAGUUCAUUCCACGAAUACUGAUUCCCUAAUAAUAUGCUCACUCCAUUUUCUUGAGAGAACAAUUUUGAGAGCAUUCUCAUUUGGAGGAGCAUGGGGGUUUGUUGCUCUUCACUUCUGGUGGAAAGUUUCGUUCAGUGUCUUAGAUGAUUCAACAGAGAAAGGUCUGUCAUGAGUUCUAUUUUCUACACUAAGUUAAUGCAAUUAUCUGGUUCUUUUUAUUACUCCGUAUACACAAAAUAAGGGUUUUUUUGCUGUGAGAUUUUUAUAAAGAAAACUAUUUUUAAAGUGUUCUUCACCAUGUUCUCAAAGUUGUAUUUUGGAAGGAUCUCUUCUUUGUUUUAAUCAAUUUUCAUAACUAAGAACAAAAUAAAGCUUUUUAUAGUUUUUACAGUUUUUUUUAUCAGAAACAAAAAUACAUUCCAAACAGAAAAAAACAAUCCAUUAAUGAUGUUUUUCACACAUAAAAGCACGUGUAUUCUUGAUUUUUACCUUUCAAAAAGAUAACUUUUGUUUUCAACCAAUGAUUAGUUCUAAUUGUUGAACGAGGUUAUAGCUAGUUGUGAAAGUUCAGAGUUCUUUCAAAGGAAAAAAAAUAUCAUCAAGGGGUUUAGAAUGAUGAUGCCUUUCUGCCCUUGUUUUCAAUUCCUUCUGUAAUCAAUCUACUGUAGUGCUCAUGUAGUGUUUUCUUUGUGUUAUCUCUCUUUCCUGUUCUCUUAUGUCUACUUUAUUCUCAUAACAUCAUUUCAUUUUCUAGCCAAUAAAAUCUUCUAAUUUCUAAAAGAGAUUUUGUGAAGAACGGGUGGUUAGGCUUACUCCUUUAGUGUUUUUAAGAGAUUCUAUAAGAUGUUUCCAUGGUCUAAAUCAUCUUGUGUUGAUUCUGUAAUCCUUUCUGAGAAAUUUUUCCUCUGAGGAGGUUGUUUAGCAUUCAUAUUGAUGUCAUGCAAAUGAAUUAUAUGAAUACAUGUGAGUAAGCCCAACCAUUUUAAGUUUGAAGUAUCUCCCUCUUUUAUCGAAGAUCAUGGCAUAAUGGCUUCUGUUGACUUGAUUCUAAGAAAUGAUCCCAUUAAUGAUUGGCAAAUGUGUUCCCAACCAUCUACCAUUAGAGCAACGAAGUCCUAUUUUGAUGUUAGGUUCCAUCUUACCCUAAACUGAUCACUGUUCACUGUGACUUAAAACGAUGGGAUUUUCCCACCCUCUCAUAUGUUUUCUAGUGCAUGAUCCACUAUUUUUGUACAUUCCUGAAGUUGAUAAUCAUUAAGACCAAUAGGCCGUUUUUCAGUUGCAGUUGAUGGCGUAAUUCUUGCAGAUUUUGUUCCAUGUUAAAAUUAGGAUGUCUGCUAUUAUGCCCUAGACUAUUAGGAUAUUCCAGUGCUUUAUACAGAUAGUUCUGCGAUGCCAGAUUCUUUUCUGUUUGGUAUCUUAGCUCUUCAUUCAGUUAUUUUCCUUUACCAAUCCAACAUAAAUAUAAACUUCAGCAGUGGGAACUUGGCAAAAUUGUCUAAUUUCAAUGAUUCUGUUUGCCAAUCUACUUCCCUUUGUUGUAUGGUGGGUUUUCCUUUAUAAGUCAACUAGUAGCCUCAUAAUUAUAGCUGGCCUCGUAGCAGUCAACUAGUAGCCUCACAAGUAUAGCUGGCCUCGUAACGGUCAACUAGUAGCCUCGCAAGCAUAACUGGCCUUUGUUACACUUAUCUUUUAGUUUUCUACUGGACGGAAUCACCGGCUUACAGUGUCAUUUGUGGGCUAGGUAUGUUUUUUGGUUUUUCAUUAACAAACCUCUAGUUGUGUUGCUAGGCCCUGCCGUUUAUUAUUCCUUAUAUUUGUGGCUAGAAUCCCGAUUCUUGUUCGGAGUAAUACCCCAAGGUUGGCUUUACUCUUAUUGUGCUCCUCUAAUAUGAAGGAAAUAGAAAGUUUUGUGAAGUAGGAUGACAAUGGAUGACAGUGAACAACGUAGCAUUAGAAAAACGUAUGUAGCAAAAUAUAGUCAUGAAUAACCUUAUGGUAGUUAGAUCCGUUGCGAAUACUUGGUUUUGAUCUCAUCAUCAAAGAUAAUUUGUUGUGGGGUUUUUUGUUUCUUAAAUUAUGAAGUUAAUGUAAUCAUUAUUUUUUUUAAGGCUGAAAUUGCCCACUUUGUAUUUGAUUCAAGGAUAAGGAAAGAGGAAUGAUCAUCUUUGAAUUUGUUUUUUUGUA